AUGGGCAAGUCUAAAAAAUUUAUCCACGUUGGCCAAGACGCACCGCACCAGCCUGAUGUGGAAAGCGAAACCAGCUACAGCUUUCCGGAACAAUUCAAGCGCCAGGUGAAAGUCAACAUCCAGAGCUUGUCCGAUGACGAGAUCGUGUUCGACCUGAUUGGCGUCGACGCCGCCAUCGCCAACGCGUUGCGUCGUAUCCUACUGGCCGAGGUACCAACUAUGGCCAUUGAGCACGUAUAUAUCUGGAACAACUCGUCGAUCAUACAGGACGAAGUGUUAGCCCAUCGACUUGGCCUUGUACCGCUCAACGUGGAUCCACGCGAAUUUCAAGCCUUUUCAGCUAACGAAGAGGCUGAAGCUACGGACGAAAACACAAUUGUCUUCAAGCUUGAUGUCACGUGUAAAUUUGAUCCUGAUCAUCCGAAGGAUCCAACGAAAGCCUUAUGCUCUUCCGUGUACUCGCGUGACCUUGAGUGGGUUCCGCAGGGAAACCAAGAAGAGCGCUUUGGGUUGAUCCGGCCCGUGAGCGAGGACAUACUGAUCGCAAAGCUACGUCCAGGUCAAAGCAUCGCACUAGAGGCUCAUUGCCGCAAGGGUGUGGGCAAGGACCAUGCAAAAUUCUCACCCGUGGCCACCGCUUCGUACCGCUUGAUGCCGCAGGUUGAGCUACUGGAGAAGGUGGAGGGUAUUGAUGCGAAGCGUUUAGUGGGUGAGUGCCAAGUGGGAGUUUUUGAUAUUGAAGACCUCAGUGGUGUUCCGAACGCCGUGGUGAAGGACCAGCGCUCGUGCACAAUGUGCCGGAAUUGUAUCAGCGAGCCCAGAUGGAACGAAAAAAUUCGUCUUGGACGUCAAAGCGACCACUUUAUCUUCAGCAUCGAGUCUGUGGGCAUGAUCAAGCCUGAAGAGCUGUUGCUUGAGGCUCUCGGUGUGCUGGAAGAGAAGUGCAAUAUUGCAUUAGAGUCAUUUACGUUGGCCGACGAAGAACGGGUUGGAGAAGAUGAGGAAGAAGACGAGUAG